UUGAGCAAGGCAAAAACCGCCAGACAAGACCAGCAAUAAGUUGUCCUUGUUCUCCAACAAUGACUGAUGUGGAACCGUUGGUUCUGGCUCAUGUGAUACGUGAUGUGUUGGAUUCUUUUACACCAACUAUCCCCCUCAGAAUAGCCUACAACAAUAGGCUACUUCUAGCUGGUGUUGAGUUGAAGCCAUCCGCAGUUGUGAAUAAUCCAAGAGUUGAUGUUGGGGGCACCGACCUCAGGGUGUUCUAUACACUGGUAUUAGUUGAUCCAGAUGCCCCAAGCCCAAGCAAUCCAUCACUGAGGGAGUAUUUGCAUUGGAUGGUGAUAGAUAUUCCAGGAACAACUGGAGCCAACUUUGGCCAGGAGCUCAUGUUUUACGAAAGGCCAGAACCGAGAUCUGGUAUACACCGCAUGGUAUUUGUGCUGUUCCGGCAACUUGGUAGGGGGACAGUUUUUGCACCAGACAUGCGACAUAACUUCAACUGCAAGAACUUUGCACGUCAAUACCACCUAGACAUUGUGGCUGCCACAUAUUUCAACUGUCAAAGGGAAGCAGGAUCUGGAGGGAGAAGGUUCAGGCCCGAAAGUUCGUAAGGAAUGACAGACUACUACAACUAUUGCAUGCAUGAAUAUCGUCGUCUAAUACAGAGUAUAGUACUAAUUGUUAUGAAAUAAUGUGCAUGGAAUUAAUAUAAAAUGCACCCCUAAUGUCUGUGUUACACACAACAAUAUAGCUCGCUCGAUCUAAUUACCACCUUAUAUGUACUACCCGGGUCUUAUAGCUAGUUUGCAUCGGUUUCAUCUGUAUACUAUAUAUUUGUAACUAUUGCUAUAUAUUCGAUGAUCAACAACUAUACUAAUUAGCGUAUA